CUAUGAAUUGGGUCUAGGUGAAAGUUUGGGUCUAUGUCUAGGACCAGACUUCCACCGUAUCUUCUCCUCAAGAGCGAAACAGAGAUUUUCUUCCGAAAUCAACCUGGUUAGCCAGCAGGCAGGGCUGUAUCGCAGCCCAACCAUGGCCUCGGCAUCGUCGUCGUCGUCGUCGUCAUCGUCGAAGGGUUCAUCCGGGAGACGACCAGGGCUGGUGCGGUCUUUUCGCUACGUGAUUCCGCACAUCAUUCUGAUCAGCGUUUACCUGCUCUAUCUCGCCAUCGGCGGUGUCGUGUUCUCGGUCUUGGAGUCGCCGAUGUAUAAUCAGCUCUCAGCCGAAGAAAACGCAAAGAUGGCAGAGGCAUUACGUACGAAGCAGAUCAUUCUGGAGGCCUAUCACAAUGCUUCCAUGGGGAUCGUCAAACUCGAGGACGGCAACAUCACCGCCCUUCUCGAUUCCCUCAUCGACACCGUCAACCAUCCCGACUGGAAGGCAGGGCGACAGAAGACCUUGAUGGACGGUCGAAACUGGUCGUUCCCGAGCGCCAUGCUCUUCUCGAUGACCACCAUCACCACAAUCGGAUAUGGUGAUCUGGUACCAGAGACUGUAACAGGCAAAGCAGUGUGCGUCAUCUACUCUGCGAUUGGAAUCCCCUAUUCGUUCUUCCUCCUUGCCGACAUCGGUCAAUUACUGGCUUUAGGUUUCAUUAGGCUCAUCCGAUGGUUCAACCUCUGCCGAAGCACGAAGAGGGUAUCGAAGAACAAGUCAACGCAAACGCAACGGCGGAAGACCACAAAGAACCCCCCGAUGAGGCGAUUCCGAGGCGCGAUGCCAAUCGUCACCAUGAAGCACUUGCAGUCCGUUCGGGUUAGCGCGGACCAUGAGGAUGCCUCAGAACGAAGAGAGAUCAACGACAGGGUCAUCGGUAUGACCGUUCUUGGUACAACUCAUGAGGAUGCACCAUCGCCGAACACGAACAACUCAGCACUCGACCAGUCCUGUCCGGCGAUCUGCGACGAGACACCCUACUGCAACGUCACCACCAGCACUACUACCUUUGAUGAGAAAAAGGAACAUCUUCAGACCAAAGACACCACGGUAGAUCCUGAAAGAGAGCGUAAAAACGAUAAAUUCGCCAACGACGAUGACGAGGACGACUACCCUGCUGACGAAGUUUCGUUAUUACUUGUUUUUUGUACUCUCUCCACUUAUAUCUGCAUAAGCGCGUUGGCUUUCAGUUGGGUAGAAAAUUGGGACUAUGGGACAGCCUUCUAUUUCACUUUCAUCACGCUUACGACAGUUGGUUUUGGUGAUAUUGUCCCUGAGGUUCAGUAUGAAAACAGUCGGUUCUUCUUCUGCCUUCUUUUCACAGUAUUCGGUCUUGCCGUGACAUCCAUGUGCAUAGCCCUUAUCCAGGACAGGGUUUCUAGAGCAGGGCGGAGAGUGUUAGGGUAUCUGGACAGCAGAAGAAGUUCCAAAGACAUCGAAGAACAGAAUGACUCCGUCACCACAAGCAGAGAUGCACGAUGUAAAGAGGGUUGAAUAGGACUCCUCGCUUUGAGGAUAAUAUACAGGGUAAAAGGGUUUAUCGAAGAGUAUGUUCUGAAAUUUAGCAAUAAUGUGAAGUUACUGACAUCAUGAACGUUUUCCUUUUCUUCCGAAGUGGCUAUUAGCCGUUGCUCACCUCUCUGUUAGAAUGCCUUCAUGCCUCUUGCCUUCUUUUUCUCUGCAGUUUGAUGCGCUGAUUAUUAUAGUAUAACGGAAGCACUUGUGGGUGGGUGAAAGACACAAAGAAAGAAAAUCGUCUGUCAAUUGCUUUGAAGGUGAAUACGUUCUUUUAUCACACAUAUCUCACUAUGAACAUGACUGACAAAGAAAGCGGACAAAAUAUACAGUUCCUCAGGUAGACAAAGAAACAUCCCUUCACUG